GGCGUUUUGAAGGAACAACCUGUCUCAGAAUCCUAAGGACGACUAUGAUCGCGGAUCGGAGAAAAACCUUGGACGGCAUUUGAGGAAUACCAGGAAAUGCAAACAGAUUUUUUUUGACCGCAGGCAAUAAAUCACCUUCUUCCCUGUCGACAGGGCUGUGCCAUCUCGUAUCACCGGUCAAAGGGUUUUCUCAAGCUCACAGAAUGGACGAAACGCUUCGUCUCAAGCCCACUCAACAUUCACUAGAACGAAACUGACCCUAUAUGGAUCACUGAAAUGGGAUUUAUUUACUGCUUUCAUUUAACUUGAACUAUAGGCUACACAUACAGGACUGACGAACAAUUUCACGAUGGGAGACAUAAGAGAAAGGGUUUUAUUGUGCUGUCGGAGCAUUUCCUCGUGUUUCAGAGACCCUGCGGAUGACACCUCACCUGCCACCGUGAAACCGACUAUUGAAGUGAUAAAGAAUGAGUUUGCGAAGGCGCCUAGCCGGGAGUUACCGCCGACACCUGUGGAGAAACCCGGCUACGUUUACGUCGCGCUGUACGACUACACGGCGCGCACGGAUGCUGACCUGAGCUUUAACGCGGGGGAUAAACUGGAGCCUCUCACUAAAAGCAGCGAUGACUGGUGGUUGGCGAGAGGAAUCACCGGGAUUUCGGCAAAUAAAGAGGGAUACAUUCCUGCUAACUAUGUGGCACCCGUAGAAAGCCUCGACGCUGAACCAUGGUAUUUUCCAGAAACCAAGCGCUUGGAUGCCGAGAAGAUGUUGAUGUCUCCAGAAAACAGCAAUGGAGCUUUUCUAAUAAGAAACUGUGAAAGCCAGGCGGGAGAACUCUCACUCUCAGUGCUGGACAAAGGAAAAGUGAAGCAUUAUAAGAUCAGAAAGUUGGAUAAUGGUGGCUACUAUGUGUCAAGGACUCGUAAUUUUAUCACACUGAGAGAUCUAGUGGAGCACUACUCCAGAUAUGAAGAUGGCCUCUGUAUUUGUUUGGCAGAACCCUGCAAAAAAACAAUAGCUCCAGAAACUCAUGGGCUGUCUUAUAACACUGUGGAUCAUUGGGAGAUCCCACGUAAAUCCUUACAACUCCUGAGGAAGUUGGGAGCGGGGCAGUUUGGGGAGGUCUUUGAAGGCAUAUGGAACGACACAACAGCUGUUGCUGUCAAAACACUCAAACCAGGAACUAUGGAUCCAAAAGACUUCCUGCGAGAAGCACAGAUGAUGAAGAAACUCCGUCACCCCAAACUAAUCCAGCUAUAUGCCGUCUGCACUAUGGAGGAGCCCAUCUACAUCAUCACAGAGCUCAUGAGCAACGGAAGCCUCCUAGAAUACCUGCAAAAAAACAGAGGUGCUCUGCAAAUGUCUGAACUGAUAGAGAUGGCAGCACAAGUGGCUGCUGGCAUGGCAUACUUAGAGUUGCAGAACUACAUUCACAGAGAUCUUGCAGCACGAAACGUUCUGGUGGGAGAAAACAACGUGUGCAAGGUCGCCGACUUUGGUCUGGCACGAGUUUUUCAGAUGGACAAUGAGGACAGUGAUGAGAACGUUUAUGAGGCCAAAGAAGGAACCAAGUUUCCAGUGAAAUGGACUGCACCCGAGGCCAUCCACGAUAACAAAUUUACCAUCAAAUCUGACGUCUGGUCUUUUGGGAUCCUACUGUAUGAAAUUGUGACUUUUGGAAGUAUGCCUUACCCAACCAUGACAAACUUUCAGGUGGUGCAACAGUUGCCCAAAGGCUACAGGAUGGCAAGCCCUCCGAACUGCCCCAAAUGUCUGUAUGAAACCAUGUGUGAUUGCUGGAAGGACUUCCCUGCAGACAGACCUACCUUUGAAACUCUGCAGUGGAAACUCGAGGACUUCUUUGAUGUUGAUGUCAGCACUUACGAUGACGCAAGCCGCUACUAAAAGACACUACUACUUCCACACUUGCCAGCUUAAAAUAACCACAGAUGAGUCAAGAACUGGGUUUCGACAAGCAAGCCUGAGAUGCCAUCGUGGUAUAAAAUGAACAAACUGCCUAAAUGCAUUCUCGAUGAACACAGUUCAUAUGCUCAAUUUUCUCAUCAUUGAGUGUUUUCAUGAUUAAAUACUUUUCCCCAUCCCAGAUUAAUAUGCAGAGAUAACUGGAGGUAAGCCAUUCAUUGGUUGAUUUCCCUGGAAACUGUUCUGUCGGUUUAAACAGACAGAUCAAUAGCAUGAGUAUGUGGCGGUACUAUCUUUUCUGUAUUUUGCACAAACAACAACAACACAAUUAAGCUUUAAAUCAUAUGUAUACUCUGAGCCUUCUGAUAGUAUUUUUUUAUUUUCUUCUAUUCAGUCUAUGUAGGCAUAUCUUUAUUUGUUUCUGUGCGUUUACUGUAUGCCAUCAAAAUCAUGGUAGUUUAGUGUCACUUUACUUGCACUCAUGCUGGCACCAUGAAGCUGAAAGUAUCGAGGAAUCAUUACAUAGAGACUGGGCGAUGCAUGUAUGUAUCAGGUAGCAGCGUAGCCGGAUUAACCAGUUUUACAUUAAGUUUGAACAGUGAAUGAGUCACUGCCUGUUGGCCUUACAGCGUUACUGGCUCAAAGGGAGGAAUGCUCAGAAUCCAAACAGUUUUACGUAUGUGACUGUAAAGGCACAUUGAGUCUAGACACUCAUUCAGGCCUUAGUGAAGACUGUAAUUAUUAGAUGUGUAUUUAUAUACCUUUAUUUACGUAACCAGAAGAAUGUAUUGUACAGUUAUAGUGAUUUUUAAAUACGUUUAGAUCAAAAUAGUUUCUUUGAGGUUAAUUUACGUACAGAUUGUGAUUCUGUUUCUCAUUUUUUUAAAGGAUAAAAUACACUACCAUUCAAAAGAAUGGGACAGUAACUAUUACAUUUUCAAUUUCAACUAAAAUAAUAAUCAGACAAACUGUUUAGAAUGUUUGGUAAUCAAGGAUCAUGUGACCAAAUUCUACUUUCUAUCAUUAAUAAAUUCCAUUUUAAAAGAUAUUAUAAUAGAAAACGGUUAUUUAAAUUGUAAUAAUGUUUUACAAUGCAAUUGUAAUAAUGUCUUACUGCCUUGGCGAACAUAAGAGAGUUAAAAAACAUUAAAAUCUUACCAAACCCAGACCUUUGAAUUGUAUGUGUACAGUUUUACAAA